UCUUAUUACAAUGAAUACAGCAUUAGAAGCUGAUAUUUAUGGAAAUAUUAAUUCAACACAUAUACUUGCUUCUUCUAUGAUGAAUGGAAUUGGUGGUAGUGGAGAUUUUACUAGAAAUGCUUAUAUAUCAAUAUUUAUGACUCCAUCAUUAGCGAAAGAUGGAAAAAUUUCAUCAUUUGUUCCACCGGUCUCACAUAUUGAUCAUAAUGAACAUUCAGUUCAAAUAAUGGUUAGUGAACAAGGUUUAGCUGAUUUACGUGCUAAAACUCCAAAACAACGAGCUGAAUUAAUUAUUGAAAAAUGUGUUCAUCCUAUCUAUAAAGAUCUAUUAAGAGAUUAUUUUCGACAUGCUCAACGUGUUUCAUUUGGUCAAGAUACACCACAUGAUCUAAAACAAGCUCGUUCAUGGCAUAUUAGAUUAUAA